AUGGCUUGGCAGGUUGUUGGCCAAUCAGACGACAUCGCAGUCAGGUCUGUCCCAUCGGAGCCAGAACCUAACCCUAUUGUUAAGCCUUCCCCCAGAGCUUUGGGUUCUCUCCUGCCAUCGCCAGUACCCAGUACUUUCAUCACACGGCUAAGCCAAAGCGCCCCCAUAAACAUAGUCAUACCUCAAGCCACGCUGUCAAUUCUCACGAAUCUAUGUAUAUCCGUCCCGGCCAUAGAGUUUCGAAAGCAAUCUACCGCUGUUCUCGAAGGCAGGAUUUCGUUCUUCUCCAAGACUGAGCGGUACCCAAGGAUCCUCUUUCUUGGCUUCUUCUACUACUUAAAUGGUCACAAUGACGUGCGCGGAUCCGCCGCCAUAUGCUCCCGGUGCUACAGCUCACUUCCGCUAGGAAUGAUUCUGCCCCUACACCUGAAAGGAGUAUUCUGCCUGUUCCAGCAAUACCUUCUACGGUCGCUCUGGAAGUGCCUUCUACUUACUGACGUAGACAGUGGUCACUUUGUUCCAGUUGCCAUGAAUCCACCUGGUCCGGGUGGAAAAUGUAUCCCUCCGCCACCUUACGUGCCGGUCCUACGAACAUCAUUCCAGCAAUUAUCCCUUAACUCGAUCCAGACCUCAGCAAUGAGUUUCACUGUUUUGGGUCUGCCCGCAACUCCUCAGAGCAUUAUCGUACCACUGCCAGCAAUGGCAUCUUCGCACAUUCCGGCCCCUCUGUCGCUUGUCCAUCCACCCCCACCUCCCUCCCUACCUCUCUCCCUCCCUUCGACAAUCCCGUCAUCCUUUACCCCUCCUCCCGGCUCACCACUACCUAUUUCCGCUCCAAAUCCUCAGCCGCUCCACCUCCCCCUCUGCCUCCUCUUCUACUACUACCUACUCUACCUGCCCAACCGUCAUCCACACCCCUAUUCCAACCCCCACCUCCGCAACCAGUCUACCCCUUGCUCCUGUGCCUACACCCCUACUCCCCCACCUCUCCCUCCAAAUACCUACAACCACCAUGCCAUUCGGCAUGCCCAUCCCCGCAAAUCAUGUGCCUCCACUCCCAGCCAUAUCCCGUCAAUCCAACUACUGUUUCCGCCAAUGAUUAGGAAAUUUGGCCACAAUAUCCCGCCACCAGUUGAGCCAGUAGAUGAAGUGUUUAAUGCGCCGAGGCCGAUGUCGAUGUUUCAUGCUAGUCCGCGCCGAAGAGUUGCAUGGAGACAGUGA